GUGAAUGUGUGGAGCCGAGGGAUCUAGGAGUGCAAGUACGAGUUGGGCCGAAGGGCCUCUUUCCAACGCUGUAUCACUAUCUAUGACAAAGUGCUGGAGUAACUCAGCGGGUGUGGCAACAUCUGUGGAGAAGAUAGACACAAAGUGCUGGAGUAACUCAGCGGGUCAGGCAACAUCUGUGGAGAAGAUAGACACAAAGUGCUGGAGUAACUCAGCGGGUCAGGCAGCAUCUGUGGAGAGAAGGAAUGCAUGAUAUUUUAGGUCAAGACCCUUCUUUGGUUUAAUUUAGAUUAGAGAUGCAGUGCGGAAACAGGUCUUUCGGUCGGCCGAGUCGCGUAGUCAGGAUCGAUACCGGGUCUCUGGCGAUGAGGCAGCAACUGUACCACUGCGCCACUGUGCCGCUCAGAACUAUAUAACGGUUUCCUCUUCCAUAAACGCACCCAAUAUGUGCUAGUAAUGUCCUGUUUGCCAGCUUGUUGACCCUCUGUGUUCCCCUCCUGCAGGGUUUAGGAGCCGUUGCUGUGGACGGAGAGAGACGGGAUGCUCCGGGGACUGACCAUUGAGGGCGGUCAGGGAGCCGAUGAGCCCCCCCAUCAGUCUGCUCAGUGUGUGGGCUGAGCUUCGAGGGGGUGAGCAUAGAUGGAGGACGACGUGAUGGGGCACAACAAGGAGAAGCGUUAUGAGUGUGACGUGUGUGGCAAGGCCUGGCAGAAGCCGUGCCUGCUGGAGAUCCAUCGGCGGGUACACACUGGAGAACGCCCCUUCGACUGCGUGGAGUGUGGGAAGAGCUUCACCCGCUCCAGCAACCUGCUGCAGCACAACCGCCUGCACUCCGGCGAGAGGCCCUUCACCUGCUCCGACUGUGGCAAGAGUUUCAAGACGGAGAAUCACCUGAAGGUGCACCAGUGGGUGCACACGAGCAAGGAGCCCUAUUGCUGCUCCACCUGCGGCAAGAGCUUUACCCGGGUGUAUGGGCUGCGGGAUCACCAGCGAGUGCACAGCGAUGAGCGGCCGUUCACCUGCUCCGACUGCGGAAAAGGCUUCAAGUCGUCGCCGGACCUGAAGCAGCACAGGCGCAUGCACACUGGGGAGCGGCCCUACACUUGCAAUGACUGCGGCAAGGGCUUCACCCAGUUCAGAAACCUGCGGGUGCAUCAACGCACCCACACCGGCGAGCGUCCCUACACCUGCACCCACUGUGGUAAGGGCUUCACCCACUCCACCAGCCUGCUGACCCACCAGCGCAUCCACACCGGGGAGCUGCCCUAUACCUGCAGCGACUGCGGCAAGGGCUACACCCGCUCCGACAGCCUGCAGUACCACCAGCGCACCCACACCGGCGAGCGUCCCUACACCUGCGCCCAGUGCGGCAAGUGCUUCACUAAGUCUAGUCACCUGCUGAUGCACCAGCGCACCCACACCGGCGAGCGCCCCUACACCUGCGGCCAGUGCGGCAAGGGCUUCACCCGUUCCUCGCAUCUGCUGAACCACCAGCGCACCCACACCGGCGAGCGCCCCUACAUAUGUACCCAGUGCGGCAAGGGCUUCACCCAGUCCUGUCACCUGCUGGUGCACCAGCGCACCCACACUGGCGAGCGCCCCUUCACCUGCGCCCAGUGUGGCAAGGGCUUCACCCAAUCCUAUCAGCUGCUGAUGCACCAGCGCAUCCAUGCCGGCGAGCGCCCCUACACCUGCGCCCAGUGUGGCAAGGGCUUCAUCUGCUCCACCCAGCUGCUGUCCCACCAGCGGGUGCAUGCCGGCGACCGACCCGUCCCCAGCCCGGUGUGUGGAGAACGCUUUUCCAUGGCCUCCCACACGCUGUCACAUCACCGCGUUCACACUAGUGGCCAGUCCUACGACUGCCCGUACUGUGGUGAGGCGUUUGAGAGCUCGCGGGGGUUGCGGCAGCACCGGCGGGCCCACGACGGCGAGGAGCUGCUCCCACUAUGACAAGAGCAAGGGAGCUGCGGGAACAUCAGCGAAUACACACCGGAGAGAGACCCUUUGUGUGCGCUGAGUGUGGCAAGGGUUACACCCGCAUGUCCAGCGUGUGGCAGCACUGGCGUACCCACAGGGGUGAGCGUCCCUUCCCCUGCCCGUCCUGUGGUAAGUGCUUCACCCGCCUUGACCACCUGCUGGAGCACCAGCGAGUUCACUCCGGCCAGCGCCCCUUCACCUGCCCGCUCUGUGGCAAGGCCUUUGCCCGCUCCUGCAGCCUGCUGGCACACCGCCACGUGGAUAGAUAGGCGCUGUUUAGGUAAACACAAAAUGCUGGAAGGAAUGGGUAACAUUUCUGGACGAGAUCCUCCUCAGUCUCGACCCGAAAUGUCACCCAGUCCUUCUGGCUAGAGAUGAUGCCUGUCCCACUGAGUUACUCCAGCAUUUUGUGUCCUUUUUUGUAAACCAGCAUCUGCAGUUCCUUGUUUUUAAACCAUUCUGGUUAACUAUGCAAUAUUCCAAAUGCUACUUGAACAAUGUCCCUUAAAGCUGCACGUAUACAUUCCUCUCUCCUUAUCUCACAUCCUUUUAUCUCCUUAUUUUCCCUCGCCUCCGUCACUUACUUCACUUUCCAAAAUAGUAGCAAAAUAUGCUGUAUAUCUUUGUUCAUUAGAGUGAUGGCCCAGGAGGGUUAAGUGUGUGUUGCAUACUUGACUUUGUAUCCCCUGCCACUCUCACCGGCUAAAUGAUCAGUAAAGUUUGUGUUGGUUGAUCUAACUUAUUGUGAGUUGUCUGUUUUAAGAAAUGUGCCUUAACAGUUCUGGACUCCCCAACAUGGGGAACAUUUUUCCUGCAUCCACCCUGUCCAAACCCUCACUAAUUU